UUUCUGCGGAAUGAUAAUGGCAGCUUCCACAAGAAACGUGGAUCAUUGUACGCUAAUCAAACUUGGUCGGUCACAUUGAUGUACAUAGAGACUAAAAAAUGUCUUCGACUAUCGUGCAGUAUGUUGUUGUAAGGGGUGACUUGAUUAGUGCAUUAAAAUGGCCAACUGGUGCCCUAAUCGCACAAGCAUGUCAUGCUUGCACUGCAGCAAUACACACGUUUUACCAAGAUGAAGUGACUCAACAGUAUUUAUCCGAUCUUGAUAGCAUGCAUAAAGUCAUUCUGGAGGCUAAAAAUGAAGAGAGUCUCCGAGAAUUAUCGGAGAGUUUGACACAAGAUGGAAUCCAGCACAAACUGUGGAUGGAGCAACCAGAGGACAUUGCAACAUGUGUGGCAGCUAAGCCCUACACAAAACAGGAGGUGCAGAAAUAUUUCAAGAAAUUCAAACUGUUCAAAUAGUGCUUAAUAUUCCUUCAAGUUACAAGAUAAUGUAACAUUACAAUCUCAGAGAUAUUUGUUGCUUGCAUCAAGAUUCAAUGUAUUUAACUGUCAUAGAGCUCCAGAUGACUUUUUGAGCAAUUGAAUUUUUACUCUUGGGUUUCUAUUUUGAUUGGGUUAUUACAUUUUUCAUCGGGUAACCAAUAUUUUUCCACUCAUCUGUUCAUCACUCUAUUGGGGUUUCCCCCAAAAGAGUGAACACUUUAGGAUUUUAAAAAAAAGAAAGAAUGUUUUAGAUGUACAUAACCAUGAUAACUGUUCUAAAUAUAUAGGCUUGACACAGAAUGUAAAUUAGCUCGUAUUUGUGCUUCGGAAAUUAGCUCCAUGUACAUGCUGAAAAAACUUCAUUGGGUAUUUACGCAUUCUGUUUUUGUACGUUUGAGUUUUUCAUAUAAUGCAUGGAUUUCUGUACGCAAGUUAAUUGAAAGUAAUUGGGUUUUGAAUUAAUAUUAUUGGGGGUAUUUUAUGCAAAUACGCUGCUUAUCUGUAGCUCUGCUGUCAGAAUGAGAUAUAUAAGCAUAUGUUGUAAGAACGGUUGAGGAUAGAUCAUUGUAUCUUCCUGUGGCGCUCAGGAUUAUUCCUCCCUGGGAAAGGCAUCAAAGACUUGUUUGCUUCAUUAUUUUUAUAAAAAAUAAACUGGGAUUCUUCAGGAUGCAAAUAGCUUUAUUUUACUGUAUAUGUAUGUUUGCAAAUUGUCUCUCAAACAUAUAAGUGAAGAAAUGUCCUUCCUAUCAUGACUAUGAUGAGAUGAUGAAGACAGUGAAGUAUGGAGUAUGAUAAUGUCAUAUGCAGCAGCUCCUUUGACGUUAGGGGGCACGGGUGGCCCAGUUGUCUAAGGCGCCGCGAUUCGCUGUGCAGAGUUGCGUCCCUUGGGCACGCCAGAAACCUAUGAUUAUGGGUUUGAAUCCCGGUUCGCCCCGAUUAU